AUGCCUGCCAUUUCUGCGGUUCUCUAUUUGCCCGACGAGAGCGGCCACGAGAUCCCCGAUGGACACCGAGGAGGUAAGCAGAAACGAGCUUGCGACAGCUGUGCGAGUAUCCGAAAAGCAUGCAAUGGGGAAAUUCCUUGCACGGAAUGUCGUGAUCGGGGAAGAGUGUGCAAUUAUGAACGAGUUCAUAAGGAGAAUAGCGAUGCACUAGCUGCUCAGAUAGAAGCAGACAGUGUUCUAUUUCAGCACAAUCAAGAUGCCACGAGAGAGGAUGAGACAUUUUCUUCUUGGAGUAUGGGACUUCAGAAUUAUUAUCCACCCAGUCAAGUGUCUCAACAGGUCUAUGCUCGCCGGAAUUUUGAGGCAUAG